AUGCCUCUCACUAUUCAGCCGAGGAAGCGCAAAGCCGCGUCAAAUCCUGGCGUUCCCGCGAAGAAAGUUCGCAUUGGCUCUACCACAGACAUACCUGAUCAGCCGACUGUCUCACCUUCAGGGCGACCCAAGCGAACCUCUGUUGGUGAACCCCAGUACAAAGUCACAAGACGCCGCUCAUCUAGCACUCGGAAUGUAAGCCCUGCUGCUGCAGAACAGAAGUCUCCGGCCAAGAGACGUGGUAGACCACCCAAGGCGGGGCCAGCUGCUGCUACUACUGCACCUACCGUGGACGAGGAUGUGGCGCCUAAGAAACGAGGAAGACCGGCCAAGAAUACCAAGGCCUCUGCUUCAAAACCCGCCACCUCUGCCCAAACCGCCCAUGCAGCGACGAGCCAGCAACCCGAAACGAAGGCCUCCGUUAUCAUCCCUGGAAAACGUGGAAGAAAGCCGAAAUCUCUGACCGAGGCUACACAACUAGCCACCGGAUCCGACUCCGAAUCCACACCUGAAGGCCUUGUGGCGCACCCGAAUGACGCAGCUACAACGGUCAAUGGCGACAAGAGCAAGCUGGAGGACCUCUCUGGUGUCGACACUGACGUACAAUACUGGCUGAUGAAGGCGGAACCAGACUCUCGUAUUGAGAAGGGUCACGAUGUCAAAUUCUCCAUUGAUGACCUUGCGGCGAAGACGGAGCCGGAGGCUUGGGACGGCGUGCGCAACCCGAUGGCCAGAAACCAUAUGCGAGCCAUGCGCGAAGGCGACUUGGCAUUCUUCUACCACUCCAAUUGCUCUGUCCCUGGAAUCGCAGGCGUAAUGCGGAUCGUUGCCGAACAUUCGGUCGACGAGAGUGCAUUCAACCCUGACCACCCCUAUUUCGACCCAAAGUCUGACCGCGCCAAUCCGAAGUGGGAGGUCGUUCAUGUUGAGUUCGUCAAGAAAUUUGAGAACCUCGUCACUCUACGGGAGCUGAAGUCGUUUGCGAAGCCUGGUGGUGCCUUGGAGGAUAUGCAAAUGUUGAAACUCUCUCGACUGAGUGUCUCAGCCGUCAGCCCAGAAGCAUGGCGCUUCAUUCUCGACCUCGCCGGUGAGCCUACCACUCUGGGUCAUGGAGAUGGUAUGAGUGGAUAUGAGUCGGAGAUUGAUGGAGAAGGUGAAGACACGGCAGGCGUCGGCGAUGCGGAUGGACUCAAUGGUCUUUCCAACAGUGACGAAGGCCUCGGAGUGGCAAGCGGCGUCAACUUUGAAGGAUCAGCUGUCGACGCUAUUCAGGAUAACGGCGGCUCCAACACUGUCAAUGGUGCUGAUGGUGCCGACAAAAAUCCGAAGGGAAUUGUCUAG